ACUAGUGCCUCCUGGAAAAGCGUCGUUCGCCGCUGUUUAGGCAGCAGAUACGCUCGGACAAAGCAGUGACUAAACCGCAUGAUGAUGCAGCGUCAUGGUCUCCAUCAUCACCAUCAUGAACUAUCCAGCAAACAGCAUGUGCCGGUCGCUUAGUCGGCUGCGAACUCACUCCUGAGUGGUGUUACUCUACUUAGUUUUCCAGGUCGUUUCUUUUACCCGGUUGGUCUGUUCGCGCCGGCGCAAGGAAAAUUAUCAUCGUCAUUAUUCGACCCGAGCAACAGCUUCCACGCAGUUUGACUGCUUAGGUGGACCCUUGGGUGGUCGAUUCCGUGCCGAUGAUUCGAUAUCCGGGAAUCCGCCGUGUUCCGGAAAAAAAAUGCGCGAGUCGGCGAAAAACACUCAUGUCUCUCUAGGCUAGACUCUAGUCUAGGUAGCUAGAUUCAUGCAGUCUGUCUCUUGGUCGGUGAAAUUAAUUUCCCCUACGAGCAUCCGAAAGGAAUGGGGCCAUGUGCGUGAUGGAGACCUACUUUUUUCCGUUCUGGAGAGAGAGAGGAGGAGGAGGAGGAGGAGGAGGAGGGGAGGACCCAGAAAAGUCAGAUUGUUGCUAUCCUCGAAUGAGCCAAUCUUGGGUUUGGUUCCGACACAGGAACAGUCAACCGAGUUGGGAGGGAGCCAAUGGAAAGGCGGAGGGCCGAGGGAAGAUGACGAUUUUCGGUCGGCGCGCGAUGUUUUAGCCCCCCCGACCGCAUCCACUCGAUCUCCUCGAAAAACCGGGUCCGCCUCUCUGUUUCCCCCCACAUGCUUUUUUCCCUUUGCGCCAGAGCCCCCACCCCGUUUUUUGCCGAGAAAGACUUGUCGAUUCUUGGUCGACUCUUGUUCCUAUACCAAGGCGAAAUACGAUGAGCUUCGGUAUUUCUUCUCUGGCUUGUCGCCUUGGCGCCGAGUUUUCGCGGUCAGUGCGGGUAUACCGGAACGCCAUUGACGUAGUUGGCCCGGCAAAAGAUGGGGGACUUCACGCAGGGUUUUCCGGGGGGGUGAAGAG